ACCAUAACACAAUGCAAAAACAUCAUUACUGGAUCAGUUCAUCCUAUAGAUUGAUCCAUAAGAAAAGUAAGAGAAAAGAGAUAGGUGAAUGAGAAUGUUCAAGGUAUUAGGAAAAAAAAAAUAUUAGGAAAUUCUAAAAAUGAAUAUACUUUCGGGGGGAAAAAACGAGUUCAUUUUCCCAAAAAUUACAUGAAACUUUGGUCCUUAUAACAACUCUAUAGUUGUGCGAUAAGAAAGACAGAGUUCUAAAAUAGGGUAGGAACAGUUAUUACAAUGAACAGUGUUUCUUUGUGAAUGCUUGAACUUUGGAAAUAUGGCACGAGAGCAUUGAUUAAAAGGAUAGUUAAAGUGAGUCGGGCAAGAUUGGGAAUGGUUCCGCAUGCAAAAACCCAUCGACAAAUGUCUUCCCGGACUUGACUCCAAAAACGCUUUUCUUCCAUUUUGACAAGCUUCAUGUGAGAGGCUUAGUAGGACAAAGGUUUUGGGAGAAAAAAGUCUCUAGUUCCGAAGCCUCAUUUAAUUGCCCGAAUAAAAUAUAAGGGAUGCUGUUAGUAGCGUUCAUUUAUUCCACGUACGUGGCAGCUCGAGUUUUCCGGCGAAGAAGAUGUCGUGGUUCCACUUUGACCGUAGUACUUUUUUUUUUUUUCCAUCUCAUUUCAAUUGAACUCUUGUGCGAGAAAUGGCGGGAUGUGAUUUAGAAUUCAGAAGCAAACAAGACACUGCUAACAAACAAACAAACAAGGCAACUAUAGGCUCUCGGCCUUACUGCCGUCUGUUCUUGCAACACCGUAUCUCUCUUUAGAAUUCUUUGACAGCCUUUCCUACUUCCAUAUUAGUGAACCUCAUUACUAUAUGUUUAUAUACAUACUAUUCGUAUUAUCGACUCUCCUCAACGCCACUUACCAGGAGGCUAGCACAGUCCCAGUGAGUAUGAAUGGGGCCUGCCGAGCUCCUGAGUCUUCUUUGACCUCCUUCCUUCCUAUCAGCCUUUUUUUUUUCUUUUCCCCAACUACCCUACGGCAACCACUCCCCUGAAUGCCAAUAACUGUAGUAAUACGCUCCACUGGUCAGCACAUGGCAUGGCCAUGCCACCACAUGGUGGUGCCAUGCAUGCAUGUCAGUGGUCUUCCUGUACCCUCGAAGUGUUGACUCGUCUCAUUAUUGUCCUCACAAACUGACCUCGUUUUUGUACUCGUAGAGGCGCCCUAGAGCCGUCAUUUCCUGCAAAACUCUACGUGGAACAAGUAGGGAGUGGUUCAAGUGAAUGUGGUAUGCUACCGAACGAUUCUUGUAGGCGAUCUACACCCCAGCCGUUCCCAUGAAGAAGCCUCACCUAAAAUGUCUCUGUUCUCUGGUUGCUGCGACCUAUUCCACCACUUCCGAUAUCCUAUCUUAACCAAAUCAAUCACGAUUCGGAUCAGUUAGUUGAGAUUCACGUACCCUUGCGACACAAAAAAGUAAAGUUUCUGUGAGAGAAUUGGAGUCGAUAUUUUUCUCGCUUUUCUUGGGGGUUAUGAUGGAUCCCAGACGUCGAUCGGAUUGCAAUGCCCCACCCAUGGCUGAUCUGUCCCACACACGAGACAGGUGAGCUCCACCCUUCCCCAAGUCUCCCUCGACCUCAUCGCCCACUCCAAUAUAUGCUAAAAAUGCGGCAGCAACCUCCCAUGUUCAGUUAGACAACAGAGAUUCCAGUGCGGGAGAGGAGGUAUCAAAACAGAAUGGAGUCAUCCGGCGCCGACUCCUCCUCCUCCCCCUCCCCUCCGCCCCCCGUCCAACGGGACAACCUUGCCCCAAGCUGCGACGACGCGCCACCUCCUCCGGCCACGUCACUUGGCCGCGUCAAGCUUAUGGUCAGCUACGGCGGCCGCAUCCAGCUCCGCCCUCACGACAGCAGCAGGCUCUCCUACGUCGGAGGUGAGACCAAGAUCCUCUCCCUCGACCGUUCCGCCCGCCUCCCCGCCCUCCUCACCAAGCUGGCAUCCCUUGCCCGCUUUUCCGCCCCUCUCUGCCUCAAGUACCAGCUCCCCGGUGAGGAUCUCGACGCCCUCGUCUCCGUCAUCGACGACGGCGACCUCGACCACAUGAUGACUGAGUACGACUGCCUCUGCUGCACCUCCUCCUCCUCCAAGCCGUCGCCCCGCCUCCGCCUCCGCCUGUUCCUCUUUCCCGUGUGGCCCCCUCCCCCGCGCCCCUCUGCCGCCCUUCUCGUUACCCUCAACCCCGUCCCCGCCCACCCUCCUCCUCCUCCUGCAACUCCAAUUGUGCCGGAGGCCUCGCCGAGCCCUGACUUCCUUUUCGGCCUCGACCAGGGCUUCGUCCCUGCCACGGCGGUGAAGGUCACCACAGAUCCUAAGCAGCGGCCACCGUUGCUAGAAAGCCUUCCCCUCUCAAAGCCCGAUCUGGCCAAGGAUGACCCCGAGCAGCCGAUCGGGACUGGUGCUGAUACCGUCGCCCCCGCCGUUGCCGUGGUCUUGGCAGGGGAGAUCCAAGCACAGAUUCCGGAGCUACAAACGCUAAAUAUCGCCGAGAACGCUCGGCCGCCGAUUCCACGCAACAGCAGCGAGGAGACCCUACGUAAGAUAUGCCCCCUAGAACACCAUGUUUCAAGAGCGCCUGAGAAGCCAACACCGGCGCCACCACCCUCCCCAGCGUUGUACUGGCUGGAGCAAAGCGGAGCGACGUCGGGUGGCAAGUACGCCUCCUUGGCUCCCGGCGUCGAUCAGACGGUGUACCUAGUCCCGGCAUCACCGGCGGUCUACCCAGGGUUCUUCCCUACGGUGCGUAGUGUGGUACCAUCGGAAGCCUACAACGAGGCGCCGGCGAAGGUGGUGGGAGGCGUUGGCGGAGCAAUGCCGGGCCCGGAGGUCUAUGCAGGGGGGCAGUUGGCGUACGGGCGGGUGGUCUACUACCCCAGCGUGGCGCCCACGUUUCCGACGGUCACGAGCGUUGCCCUCAAUCCGGCCGAUAAAACCGUGAAACCUUCAGCUUGAUCGAGUCAAAAAAACGAAAGAAAAGUCUUCUCCUUCCUUUUUCUUUUGUGUCUCCCUUUCAUAGUUUUUGUUAGUUUACUCCUACGGGUUUGCAGUCGUCUAUGUUCGUAAAUAUGCACGAAUCGAUGUUAGUAGAGGUGGGUUUUUAUAUUAGUCAUGAGUUAGAUGGGGAGUACGAUGGGUCCGUCUGAGUAAGGGCUUUUGAUGAUGAUGUAUCUUGAGAUUGACGGUUGGCGGCCAAGUGUGGGGAAAUUUUGGAAGGGCUUAGCUUUCUUUUCCUACCUACCUUUCCACCACAUUCUUCUCACCUACCUCUCCUUUGGCUAAUCAUCCGUCGUUCGUCAGAAAAUAAAGGGGUGAUGCUGAAGCAGUCAGGCAAACUCAUCGAGGUUUUGGAAUUCCUGUAUUUGCCAUUCCACGUAGCGUCAUGCGUCUUAAUGCCGUUUAAGGUGUCCGAUCUUAUCCUUAAAAAUGUGAUCACUUAAAUUUUCUUUUC